CUAGAAAGAAUAGAUGAUCAAACAGAAUGGCUAAUAGUCUUCCUUCAAACAUAAUAAUCAACACCCUUUUCUAAUCUAACCACCGGUUGAUGGAAACUGCUCUUUCAAGAACACCAACAUCAUUUCUCAGAAUCAAUUAAUUUUCUAACACCCCCCCCCCCCCCCCCUCUCUCUCUCUCCUUGAAUGACAAAAGGAGAGAGGAAAAAAGAAAAGCUGAUUUCUUUUUGUAAAUUCUUGAAGUGAAAAAUGCAAUUGAAAUCUGUCAACACAUUUGCAAUCAUAAUCAUGUUUAGUUUUGCACUUAUCAUCCUAUUUUUCUCUGGAUUUCUUGAUUUCCCAGUUUACACUUCUUCAAUCCCAACACCCAAAAAUCAAAUCUUGAACACUAUCUCAACUUCCAAACCUGACCCUUUUAGCAACUUAUUGGAUGCUUUCAAGAAAUGGGAUUCUCAAAUAGGUUGUGCUCAAUUCAAGAAAAAACAUAAGGGGUUAUUAGGAAAUGGUUUGUUGUUAAAUUCUUCUUAUGGGUCUUUGCAAAAUGUUGAUGAAGGUGAAUUGAAGUGUGAUGAGUUAAAGAUGGAUCAUGUGAGUGUACUAGUUAAAGGGUGGACUUGGAUUCCUGAUAAUUUGGAUAAUUUGUACUCUUGUAGAUGUGGGCUUAGUUGUUUGUGGACUAAAUCUUCUGUUCUUGCUGAUAAACCUGAUGCUUUGUUGUUUGAGACUUCUACUCCUCCUAUUCAGAGACGUCGAGGUGAUCCAUUACGUGUAUACAUGGAUCUUGAAGCUGGUAGAAAGAAAUCAGGGUAUGAGGAUCUAUUUAUUAGCUAUCAUGCAGAAGAUGAUGUCCAGUCAACCUAUGCAGGUGCACUUUUCCAUAAUAAUCGAAAUUAUCAGCUUUCUCCUUAUAAGAACAAUGAUACUCUAGUUUAUUGGUCUUCAUCACGUUGUCUUCGUCAAAGAAACCAGCUUGCUAAACGUAUACUCAGCUUGCUACCCUCCCAUUCAUUUGGCAAGUGCCUGAACAACGUUGGAGGUCUAGACAAGGCACUCUCCCUCUAUCCUGAGUGCAUCAAGGAUUCUAAUGAAGCACCCAAAUGGUGGGAUCAUUUGCAUUGCGCAAUGUCACAUUACAAGUUUGUCCUUGCGAUUGAGAACACCCGGACAGAGAGCUAUGUAACGGAGAAGUUGUUUUAUGCACUGGACUCUGGUGCCGUCCCCAUCUAUUUUGGUGCCCCGAAUGUCUGGGACUUUGUACCGCCACAUUCGAUAAUUGAUGGAAGCAAGUUUAGCUCUUUGGAGGAUUUGGCCUCGUACGUUAAGGCCAUUGCCAAUAAUCCGGUAGCUUAUGCAGAGUACCAUGCAUGGAGAAGAUGUGGCGUGCUGGGAAACUAUAGAAAGACACGCGCAGCUAGUCUAGAUACUUUGCCUUGCAGGUUAUGUGAAGCCAUCAGUAAAAGAAAUGGGAGAAAUGCAAGAGCCUCUUGACAA